GGGACCACUGACCUAAUGUGUUGAGGUGCAUUUCCUGUAAUAGGGAGAAAAGGAAGCAAGGGAGUCAUAAGAGAGACAGAACUGGGAAGGGGGCUUAUUUCCACCUCUGCCUCUGACCUGCUAUGUGACCUUGGCCAAAAUCAAAUGAGUCCUCUGUGCCUCAGUUUCCCAAGCAGCAAUAAGACAAUUCCAGAGUGACAGAACGAAUUACCGCAGAGGGAGAGCGAGACUGGGAUGUGUGGGCAAGGGAGAAAGGGUGCAUUGCCAGCUGAGGUUUGCAAAGAACGGGAGAGUCAAGAAGAUAGAGAGGUGAAGCCUACCUGUUCUUCAUGGUAGGAAAUGCGGGAGAGAAGGCCCUUGCACCUACAGGGAGGAAUUUAUGUGGAGGUAUAGCAUGGGAGAGGGGGGAGUGCUGGAUGACAGAGAGAGCCAAAGAGCAGACAAGGGAAAGUCUAUAAGGCAGAUUUUGAAAACAAGAAGGCAAUUUCAGUCUGGCUCCAGAAAUGGAUGCGAAGUCGACGGAGCUAGAAGAAGACUGGGGUGACACAGUCAUGCUUCUGAAUGUACAGGAAGGCAGGGAGCAGCAUUAUAUACACCCUGAACUCUGGAGGGCUAGGACUUUAGCCAAUAAUAGAGGAAGGAUGUAAAAAAGGUUUUAAAACAGUAACUGUGUAACCAUCACUAAAUCCUAGCGGUUACAUGAUUAACCAUUUGGGGGAGGAGAUCUACGGCUGGGUGGAACUAGGAAGGGAAGGAUAGUGAGGGGUGCCCCUGUGGCUCUUGGGGAGCUGGUAGCUGCCCUGCCCUUCAAACUGUGCAGUAUAAGGCUUAUGCGGCAGAGCCUGCAGCGUGGGGCAGCAACUGGUUCCCCGGGAACGAGCCCGGCAGCUGGAAGAGUGGGGCUGGCAGACCCCACAGUGCUGGCUCCACUCCCAGGAGGGAGCCGGCUACCCUGCACUGUGGGCUCUGUAGUAUAAGAGCCCACAGUAGACAAGAUGGCUCCCAGCACACACCAGCUCCCAGGCCCGCUCCCGGGGAGCCAGCUGCGCCGCAGGAGUUUAACCGUAAUGGAAAUCGAUAUGCUGAUACUUAUCAAUUAAAUGAUUAAACUCUUCCAUCUCUAUAAUAGAGGAGGCAGAUACCUAGCCAGCGAAUUAUCCUUUCUAAAACCCAUUUCUAAUAGAGAGAGAGAGAGAUGGGAAACAUUCAAUGGGACUGGUGGUUCCUUCAUGCUGCCACUCAGCACCCCCGCUUACCACCCUGCCGGUCUUGCCUUUUCUCCUCCUUCAGUGCUUCCUUCAGAAAAAGAAUUCCACGACGCGGCAAAGCGCAACGACGUAGCCAGGAUGCGAGAGCUCAUCAGGAGAGGGGUUAACGUCAAAGUCAAAAACAACACAGACAGGACCGCCCUGCACUGGGCUGCCGGAGCCGGGCACGAGCAAGCUGUGCGGCUGCUGCUGGAACACGAAAUCCCGGUGGAUGAUGAAGACAGUUUCGGGAUGAAUGCCCUCCUCCUCUCUGCAUGGUUCGGCCAUCUGCGCGUUCUGCAGAUCCUCGUGAACGCCGGUGCCAAGAUCAACUGUGUCAAUAAGAACGGCAGGAACCUGCUGCACUGCGCAGCGCAGCGGGGGCACGUCCCGGUGAUGGAGUUUAUCCUGGACGACCUGGAGGACAUGCAGGUGGAUAAGACGGACAAGAUGGACAGGACGGCAUUUCAUCUGGCUGCAGAGCAUGGGAGGUUAGAAGUGGUGGAGUUCCUGAUUGGGUCAGGUUGUAGUCACAGUGUUAAAGACAAGGAAAAAAACACAGCCCUCCAUUUAGCUGCUAAAAAUGGGCAUCCCACGGUGCUACAGAGGGUUAUAGAAGCUGGACUGGACCUAGAAGAAAAAAACAUGGAAGGUCUGACUGCGCUGCACAUGGCUGUGGAGGAAGGCCACUAUGACUGCGUGAAACUCCUCUUGGAAGCAGGUUGUGACGUUAAUACCCAAACCCAGAAAGCGAUGACCUGCCUUCAUUAUGCAGCUCUCCAUGGCUAUGAAGACAUGGCCAGGAUUCUUAUUGAUGCAGGUGUCUACAUAGAUGCAGUUAAUCACCAAAAGGCAUCAGCUGUGCACAUUGCAGUGCUGCAGAACUUCCCAGCCAUCGUGAAACUCCUCAUCGACACAGAGUGCAACCUGGACAUCCUGGAUAACAGGCAGCAGCCACCACUCCACAUUGCAGCAGAACAUGGGAGACAAGAUAUAGCCGAGAUGAUUCUCAUAGCAGGAGUUAAUUUAAAGUUAACUGAUAAGCAAGGAAAAACCUCCCUGGACGUAGCUGCCCGGGGCAACCAUAUCAACUUGGCGGACAUGAUUAUCAAAGCAGAUAGGUUUUACAAAUGGGAGAAGGACAAUCUAAACAGCGACUCCGACUCCUGGGUGGCAAAGCACUUAACCUUUAAACAAGAUCACAGGUUGGAAACACAGCACAUCCGCUCAGUAAUGUGGAGAUUAGCUACUAAGUAUCUCAAACCCAACGAAUGGAAGAAGCUUGCACAUUACUGGAAGUUCACUGAUGCACAUAUCAGAGCCAUUGAGCAGCAAUGGGCAGGUACUAAAAGCUACAGGGAGCAUGGCCACAGAAUGCUGCUUAUUUGGCUUCAUGGUGCGAUCAUAGCAGGAGAAAAUCCCAUCAAAGGACUAUACGAAGGCCUAGUGGGGAUUUGUAGACGAGACUUAGCAGAAAGCAUUAGGAAAAAAGCAAACGCAGACUCUACUUCUCCAAGGAAGUGUACUGCAAUGUAACAGCCGCAGAGGAAAUGACUGGACCAGGCUGCCUCAGCUGAUCUGUUCCUAGAACUCUAUUGAUUGAACCGGAGUUAUUGAACUAUUCACCAAAAAGUGGCCAUAACGUUUAAGGGCUUCUUGUCAUAAGAAGUGGCAUUUCUGCUAUUUCCACUUGAGAUCAGGUACACAACGACUCAUAAUUUUAAAUGCAUCUUUAUACCAGAGUGGGGUUUUAUUUUUCUGGUGCAUAGAUGCUGGUGACUAAUACAAGCUGGGUGAAAAGUUUCAUUUGUGAUACUGUGACUAGGAUUUGGUCAGUAGCCACAGCCAUCUGUUUCUACUGGUGGUGUACAUCUGCACAUGCCUUGGUAUGUAUAACUUUUAUUCUGCACAUAAAUGGAAAAAAGUAGAGGGAACAUUGGUUAGGACUGAUAUUUUCUUACUGUAGCUUGUUUACAUCUCAUUUUUUGUAUGCGUAAUUUUUAAUUGCUUCUUUUGUAAGUUACAAAGGGGAGAACCUUUCUAUUUAAGAUGUAGUCAAUGUUCUUUAUCUUAUCUGUGAAUUAGUGGUGGAGAAAUGCUCAAAUGCUUAGUUGCUAGUGUUGGGACAUUCAUUGGAAAAAAAUGUUACAUGGACUCUAGAAACAGUCAAAUUUUGGAUUCUGAAGCCUCACCUAUUUCUCUUUAGCUGACAUUUGCAAAGCUACAAAUUGCAUAGUGCCAUGUAACAAUGUUAUUUGAAAUUUGCCCUUUCUAAGGUUAAUGUCAUACUAUAGCUUUGAACUGUCUUCUCACAUACUGUUAUUUUGGUUUCCCUAAAUUAUGUUUUGUUAGAAAGUCAGUACUUUUCCAAUUCAUUUUACUUUACACAGAACCACCACUUUGUGCUGUAAAACUGCACAACUCAAGUUGGAAAGUGAAAGGGAUUUGAAGAGUCAGUUCUCUUUAGAACAGGACAGUUCCUAAAGGAAAAGUUACACAAACAUGUUAUCAGCAUGUGGUUUACUCAGUUUUGGUACAGAAGAGGCAGUCAUGUCUCAUUAAUACCUAUCCCCAUGAAGAGCACAUUUUUGAGCACUAAGCAAUUUGUCAUGUGAAGUUUUGUAUUUUUACAGUGGUUAAGGGGGACAUAAUCUGUUCUCCAAUAAACUAGAAUAUUUUUCCCCGUAA